GCCAGCAGCGGCCGGCGGGCCGCGUCCUCCUCCUCCUUGGCCCCGCAGUCCUGCAACAGGCCCGAGGAGUACAGGAUUUGCCUGCUGUCCUCCUGAAACUACUUCUGAUGGCUGGGAAUAAAGGAAGAGGACGUGCUGCUUAUACCUUUAAUAUUGAGGCUGUUGGAUUUGGCCGAGGUGAAAAGCUACCUGAUGUAGUUUUGAAACCACCCCCACUAUUUCCUGAUACAGAUUAUAAACCAGUGCCACUGAAAACAGGAGAAGAUGAAGAUUAUAUGUUGGCCUUAAAACAGGAAUUGAGAGAAACAGUGAAGAGAAUGCCUUAUUUUAUCGAAACACCUGAAGAAAAACAAGAUAUUGAAAGGUAUAGUAAAAGAUACAUGAAGGUAUACAAAGAAGAAUGGAUACCAGAUUGGAGAAGGCUCCCAAGAGAGAUGUUGCCAAGGAAACACUGUAAAAAAGUGGGCCAGAAAUCCAAAAAGGCAAAAGAUCCAGGCAAAGGGGCUUCAGUCACUAAUGCUGCAGAUGUGUUGAAAAAAAUAGAGGAAUUGGAGAAGAGAGGUGAUGGUGAGAAAUCAGAUGAGGAAAAUGAAGAGAAAGAAGGAAGCAAAGAGAAAAGUAAAGAAGGUGAUGAUGACGACGAUGAUGCUGCAGAUCAGGAGGAGUAUGAUGAAGAAGAGCAAGAGGAGGAAAAUGACUACAUUAACUCCUACUUUGAUAAUGGAGAUGAUUUUGGUGCAGACAGUGAUGACAACAUGGAUGAAGCAACCUAUUAGUCAAGAAACAUCUCAAAAGCCUUUGAAACUUGAUUUGUGGUUUAUCUCUGAUAAGGAAUGAGUUAUAUAUCUUAUUUGUGUUCCUGUUUUAACUGACAAAUAUCAAAACAUGUAGAAUCACUGUUUAUGCUCAAGAUACCUUAUUGUCUGGCAUCCUGACAUUCCUCCUGAACACCUCUGCCAUCUUUAUGUAUGCUAAUGCAUUCUUAGUUUUAACAUCUCUUUAUCUGUGUUCAUAUUUGAACGAAGCCAUUAACUGCUGAUCUUUUUGUAAAGUUACUACUCAGAAUGGAUUUCUACUAAUUCAGCACACAGAGCACUUUAAAAACAUAGAAACUUGAAAAUUAUUUUUUACUUUUACAUGGUAUGUUCUAUAUUAGUACAGUGAGUCAUACUACAUAAACCCACCGAGCUCUUCCUACACACCUAGGAAAUGAGAGGUUUUGUGAUAGCAAACAAAUUCAUGGAAACAUAUCAACUUGAGAUAAACGAUUUCCCAGUUACCAUCUCAGUGAGCACAGAGGUUUUCACAUGGGGUGCAUUUUAGACACACUUGACUUUGGGAAGAACUUUGGGUCCUACAAUAAAUAUAUGUAUUAAUGGUCUCACUGUAGUAACUUUGACAUCUGCAAAUCAUUGGGCUUAUAAAAGGUUAGACUAUAUCCUAUUUAAUUCUGUUCUUUAUGUGUGUGGACAGGAAAGUACUGGUUGGAAAAUAAGAUUGUAAAGUAUGAACUUCACAGGAGAAUGUUUGCAUGUGAACUUGGUGAAGAGGCCCAUAUUAUGUUUCACAGGAUUCAUUGUUGAUAUAACAAUGCAGAAUGAGCUCAGGUCAUUUCAAAAUGAAGACUGAUCUUUUUUAAGUUACCAGCUAGUUUCUCUGCUAUUUUAUAUUUUGGGGGGCAAAAUGUCAGACACCUUAGCCUCCAAAGACUUUAAAAUGCCAAAGAUUUUCAAGGAACUUCAUAUAGUCAAGGAAGUUUUUGUUAUAUACUUCAAAAAUGAUUUGCUAGUAUUACCAAAAGAAAGUUAAAUUUACUUUUACUACUGGAAGGUUUAUCAGCCAUUACUUUCUAACCUGAGAAGAGAAUUGGAACCCUUCAUUAUCUUUCUACCUAUAAUACUAAAUUCAACCUUGAAACUGUGCUUGGUUGUUUCUGUGCCUUAGUUUCUCCAUUUGUAAACAAUUCCCUAUAAAAAUUGUUUAAAUACUAACCAGAUUACACACAGACACACACACUCUUAAAAGGUAACAAUGUUGAGAAACAAAUGUUUUCCUCAUAAAGUAUGUUUAUGGAUUUUUCCCAUUUUGUAUUUGUGGAGACAAUUUGUAUUGUCUCGUACAGUUUUAUAAUGCUCAGGAAAAAAAUCACUUUGAAUGCAAUAUACUUCCUCAAAUAAUUCAAGGUGGUUUUAAGAUCCCAUCUUGUUUAGUGGUGUACUGAUCACGCAUAUGACUUUUUGCUUGAAGGAACUUAUACAAAAAUUAAGGUUCUACACAGAAAUCUGAUUAAGUCUUAUUAAAGUUGUAAUAUGUUAGAGACCUCACGAAGAGUUUCCCAUAAUAAUGGCAAAGUUGUCAUUUGGAAAUAUUUAACAUAGGUAUCUCAUUCUCUUUACCUCCUUUGGAACAAGAGCCAAAUACCAUUUAGUCAAAAGAAAUCUUACCUUUUAUGAUUUUGUUCGUUUGCUUUAUUACAGAUCUAUAGGUAACCUUUGGUUUGUGUUUUAUUCCUAACAAGAACUGUAUCUGUAAGUAGUUGUACAAAGGGGUUUCAUUAUGUCAGUUUGUUAAGUACAAUAAAUCUUGAUAUUGGUAACCUUUGAAUGAAGCAAAUACAGUAAAGUUUUUUCUCUAGUUUGCAGUCUUCACUGGACUGGUGUAGUCCUGUAGGGUGUAGGGUAGCCAUUUACUCUGGGAGGCCUCAAUCAUCUGAGUGUGGGAGUGGGGUGUGGAUGUCAGUCCUGUGGCUUUUAAUCAGAGCCUAGAUGCUGUCCCUGAGCUUUUGUGUUCAAGGCUAGUGCUCUA